ACCUUUUUUCUGUCGAAUUACGGUAAACCCACCAGAUUCCGGCCAAAUGUUUCCAGAGUGCACAGCUAUCGAACACCACAUAGGCUCCUGUGCUUUAAAUGUUUUUUUCAGGGGUUAGAAAUUAAAACUGACUGGGGACCUUUGGUGGAAAGGAAUACUGGGCAAGGAAAGAACUAAAACACUGCAAAAUGAGACUCCAUCUGUUGCUUCUGCUGUUUUUCUGCUCCCGCUUAGGUUUCUGCGAGGAACCGGAUUUCCUGAUUAAAAAAUGCUUAUCAAACAGAUAUACGCACCAGUCGUGUUCCAAAGUCUUCUGCCAACCGUGGGAGAAAUGCGUCGAAGGAGCCUGCAUGUGCAAGCUUCCCUAUCUGUGUCCCAAGAGUGGCAGUUCGGUGUGCUCGACCAGUCAUCGAUUAUUCCGGAAUUAUUGUCAGCUGAAGACUUACGAAUGCCUCCACCCGGAAACCAAGUUUUUGAUCAAUGGAACCUGUGAAAAGAAAGAGACGUUCGCCGUCUCCUUGGAGUCUGGAGAGCUCCCUAGCGAGGGAAUCGUCCGAGUGAAACUUGUGAACGGCGACGAGCAAGCGUACCUAUGUAACAGUAAGUGGAGCAUAACGGAAGCAAACGUGGUCUGCCGACACCUGGGCCACGCGCAAGGAGCGCUUCACCAUCGGUAUGCAAAUGAUUCUGCAAUUCGAAUGAAGGCCCCUCACUGUCUGGAUGUGACCUGUAGAGGAUUAGAGAGCAGCUUGUCUGAAUGUGCUUUUUCCAAGAGAGCUGACACUCACGAUGAGACGCCCGCUGGAGUCACCUGCUACUUACGUGAAGUAGAACCUCCCUCGCCCGAUUCAUUCGAAUGCGUCAAUGGAAAAUUCGUCUCUCGGAGUAAAACCUGUGACGGCAUUAAUGACUGCGGGGAUCAGAGUGACGAGCUGUGCUGUCGAGCAUGUCGACCUGGGGGUUUCCAUUGCACGUCGGACGUGUGUAUUCCCGAAGACCAUCGCUGCGACGGCGAAAUGGAUUGCAUUUUGGGAGACGACGAAAAUAACUGCAAAGGGGAAGAAAGUUCUGAAACGCAGGAUCAAGGGGUUCACCGGGGUGAAGUUCGAGACCAAGAACCAGCUCGGGCUUUGAACGACAACAUGGAUAACGAAAGGAGACGGAUAAAAUCUCUUAUUCCACAAAUCACCUGUGGGAUGCGACGGAACAUCUCUACCCGAAGGAAACGGAUUCUGGGAGGAAAGGCCGCAGUUAAGGAUGAAUUCCCUUGGCAGGUGGCAAUUAAGGAAGACAACCAAAUCAAAUGUGGAGGGAUUUAUAUCGGUGGCUGUUGGAUCCUGACCGCGGCCCACUGUGUGAGACAAAACAGAGCUCAUCGAUAUCAAGUCUGGACGGGAUUGUUGGACUGGAUAAAACUUAACCCGGAAAUACAGAUUCACAGAGUAAAUCAAGUCAUCGUCCAUGACCAAUACAGCGCUUCUACGUACCAAAAUGACAUUGCUUUAUUGGAGGUGAAGAAGCAGGGAAAUAAAAAAGAGUGUAACCUGCCAUUUACCAUCCCGGCCUGUCUCCCCUGGUCGGAAUAUAUGUUCAGACCCAAUCACCGAUGCGUAGUUUCUGGCUUUGGACUGGAAGAAGAGUUCGCCAGAGUCUACAGUCUUAAAUGGGGCCACGUGAACCUGAUAGCCAACUGCUCAAAAUUUUACUCCUCUCGCUAUCACGAGAAAGAGAUGUUAUGCGCAGGUACCGAGGACGGUUCCAUCGACGCUUGCAAAGGAGAUUCCGGAGGCCCCCUCGUGUGCACGGACUCCAACGACGUGGCCUACCUCUGGGGCGUCGUCAGCUGGGGGGAAAACUGCGGCAAGCCCCAGUUCCCCGGGGUCUACACAAAAGUGGCCCAUUAUUUCGACUGGAUUAGCCGUCACGUCGGGAGGUCCCUCGUUUCUCGAUACAACGUCUGAGACUCCGUUUUCAGCGAGGACGGGGCAGGAGGAGCGGCGCAGGCCGUAAAACUGGAAGCCUUCUCCCCGGAGAGCCGCCCCUAACGCUUCUUCCCUUUUCCUGCCACGCGCCUUGGCUACGCCACCCCGAAACCUUCCCGCAAAACUCCAAUAAAUUCUGCCUCUGUUUCAAAG